AUGUGGGGCUGUCUGGGCAGCCAGAGAAGAAGGCACCAGGGUCAGACUGGCAUGCUCCCAGGACUGCGCUCUGCAGGGUUUACUGGGGCCCCCUGGGUCCGGGUGAGGAUGAAAUGCAGCACCAAACAGGAAAAUGGACUCAGGAAAGCCACCCUCACUCUCUGCACCUGGGAUGGACCCUGGAGUUUGGAACAAGACCUUGCUCUAGAGGGACAUGGUCCUGGCCAGUUUCGAGCCAGAGCAGACUAUUGUUUGCCUGUUGAGCAGGGGCCCCCUUCUUCAACACUUCCUUCCACGAAGUCUUUAAAAUCUGCUCCUAAUACUGGAUCCGGAUCCGGAUCCGGAGAGGGCUGA